AGCUCAGCUUGCUAGCUUUGAGCUUUGUGUUUAAUAGCUAAAUUGUAAGCUAAUGUUAAAAUGUGUUUCACAUGAGCAGAUCGCUUGUACGAGUCAGUUGUUACCCUUUGAAAACAAUAAAACAGGAUCCCAUUGGAUUACGAGUGAAAAUAGGCAAGUUGUUAAAGUUAAACCACAAGUCAGUAUGGUCGUUCACCAUGGGGCUGGCUGGAACUAAACGUUGGACUUGCCAAAAAUGUGUUUACGCACCCGGCCCAGCCAUGUUUGGCACCGAGUCCUCACUAAGCAUGUUCCUGAACACGCUGACGCCCAAGUUUUACGUGGCUUUGACGGGGACGUCUUCCUUGAUUUCGGGCCUCAUAUUGAUAUUUGAGUGGUGGUACUUCAGGAAGUACGGCACUUCCUUCAUCGAGCAGGUGUCUGUGAGCCACCUGCGCCCCCUGCUGGGCGGUGUGGACAACAGCUCCCCCAGCAACUCCAACACCAGUAACGGAGAUGCAGACUCCAACCGACAGAGUGUAUCAGAAUGUAAAGUAUGGAGAAAUCCACUUAACUUAUUCAGAGGAGCCGAAUACAACAGGUACACGUGGGUCACGGGUCGAGAGCCUGACAUGAAUCUUUCGGCGCAAGACCACCAGACCUUUUUCACGUGUGACUCGGAUCACCUGCGGCCAGCUGAUGCUAGUAAGAGAUACUGUCUUAAUGCUCUCCCACAGGCAGUUUCUGCUGCUCAUGAAGCUCUGGAGCUGGAAGACUGUGCCACUGCAUACAUCCUAUUAGCUGAAGAAGAGGCUACUACCAUAGUGGAGGCAGAGAAGCUCUUCAAACAAGCGCUGAAGGCAGGAGAGGGCUGCUACCGACGCAGUCAACAGCUCCAGCAUCACGGAUCACAGUAUGAAGCGCAACACAGAAGGGACACAAAUGUAUUAGUUUACAUUAAGAGGAGACUUGCCAUGUGCUCCGGAAAGCUUGGGAGGACGAGGGAAGCAGUCAAAAUGAUGAGAGAUAUAUUAGUUUACCUAAAUCUGCAACAAUAUGCUACACAGCAGCCCUCCUCAAAGCCAGAGCUGUAUCUGACAAAUAUUAGUUUACCUAAAUCUGCAACAAUAUGCUACACAGCAGCCCUCCUCAAAGCCAGAGCUGUAUCUGACAAGUUUUCCCCAGAGGCAGCGUCUCGGAGGGGCUUGAGCACAGCAGAGAUGAACGCGGUAGAAGCCAUACACAGAGCAGUGGAGUUCAACCCACACGUACCCAAAUACCUUUUAGAGAUGAAAAGUUUGAUCCUCCCUCUCUCUCUCUCUAGCACAUCCUGAAGCUGGGACAGCGAUCCUCCCACGCCGAACAUUGCCAGCGCCUUCUUCCACCUGCAGCACUGGAAACGGGUGGAGGGAGCACUCAACCUGCUGCACUGCACCUGGGAGGGCACGUUCAGAAUGAUCCCUUACCCGCUGGAGAAGGGGCACCUGUUCUACCCAUACCCUAUCUGCACAGAGACCGCCGACAGAGAACUCCUACCAAUGUUCCACGAGGUGUCGGUCUACCCGAAGAAAGAGCUGCCCUUCUUCAUCCUGUUCACAGCCGGCCUCUGCUCCUUCACAGCCAUGCUGGCGCUCCUCACCCACCAGUUCCCCGAGCUCAUGGGAGUCUUCGCUAAAGCUUUUCUCAGCACGCUUUUCGCACCUCUCAACUUCAUCAUGGAGAAAGUGGAGAGCAUCCUACCUUCCAGCCUCUGGCACCAGCUCACACGGAUCUGACCCCCGACCCCACUCCCCGCGACCC